AUGUUUUCAUUAAUAUUAAUUGCAACUUUCCUUGUCAGUGCUAGCAGCAAUUCAAAUUGUUCAAAUCGACAAGCAAUUGAACAAUCUCUCAAUAAAGUUCAUAUUCCAGGUGCAACAAUCGUUGUUGUGAAUGCUACGAGUAUACUUUAUGAAGAUGGUUUUGGUUACCAUUCUCUAUUACCGACAAAAAUUAUGGAUGUAAAGCAAUCGAUUUUUGCCCUGGCUUCUAUCUCAAAGACAUUCAUUGCUGUUGCUGCCAUGCAAUUAGUCGAGAAAGAACUUGUUGAUCUUGAUACGGAUAUUAACCAAUAUUUAUCGGAACCUGAUCGAAAAAUCUUUCAUCCAGAUUUUCCAACUAAUCCGAUUACGUUGCAAAAUAUUUUCAAACCAUUGAAUAUUGAUAUUCGAAGAGUUGGUGUUCGUCUAGCUGAUUUUCAAAAUAUAGAUGAACUCGUUAAGCACUAUGCAUAUGCUGUUAAUGAAUCCUUUCUUCAACUAUGGACUCAAGAAAUGCCUCAAUUAAAUAUCAGUCAAAUGAAGGGUAAUCUUUCAACAUGGUUGCAUUUUUCUUUUUUUGGUUUCAGUGGUUAUCCUACCGGUCUUUUACGAAUGUGA